CUAACUCACAUGUUCUACAGGGAUGGCACUUUACCAUAUUGUAUAUAUCAUUCUGGCAUCUAAAAUUGCACCAGUGCCAGGGAUUCAUUCUAGUAAAGGCGAUAUAAAUGAUAAUGAAAUUGUUUAAUUGAACAUUGACUAACAGUCCUUUGAUGAAAAGAAAAGGAAAUAUUUGCAGAUAAAUGUUUUCUGUUUGAGUUUGAAGCUCGCCCCGCAGCAACAGCCACAGCUGCCGUUAGUAACCUCCUUGAGGUUUUUGUGGAUGGGAACCGAUGGGAACCCUAUCAUGGUGGAGCCAGGAACCACUGUCUUGCAGGCAUGCGAGAAGGUAGGAAUGCAGAUUCCUACCUUCUGCUACCAUGAGCGCCUAUCAGUGGCUGGAAACUGUCGGAUGUGUCUUGUGGAGAUAGAAAAAGUUCCUAAGGUAUUGGCAGCUCGUGCUAUGCCAGUCAUGAAGGGCUGGAACAUUUUAACCAACUCUGACGAGACAAGAAAGGCCAGAGGGGGUAUAAUGGAGUUCCUACUGGCUAACCACCCACUAGAUUGUCCAAUUUGUGAUCAGGGGGGAGAAUGUGAUCUACAGGACCAGAUACAGUUUGGCAGUGACAGGAGCCGCUUCACAGAGAGCAAAAGAGCAGUGGAAGACAAAAACAUUGGCCCUCUCAUCAAAACCAUUAUGACUCGCUGCAUCCUGUGCACUCGAUGCUUGCGCUUUGCCAGUGAGAUUGCAGGUGUGGAGGACCUGGGUACAACUGGCAGAGGCAAUGACCUGCAGAUCGGGACCUAUGUGGAGAAGAUGUUCAUGUUGGAGUUAUCUGGGAAUGUCAUUGAUAUAUGCCCAGUGGGAGCCCUGACAUCUAAACCAUACGCAUUCACUGCUCGUCCUUGGGAAACCAGGAAGACUGAAUCCAUCGAUGUUCUGAAUGCUGUGGGUAGUAACAUUGUGGUGACCACACAUGGGGGUGAGGUGAUGAGAAUCCUGCCUCGCCUCAAUGAGGAUGUUAAUGAGGAGUGGAUCUCAGACAAAACCAGGUUUGCAUACGAUGGACUCAAAAGGCAGAGGCUUACUCAGCCAAUGGUAAAAGACGAGUCUGGGCAGUUGGUUCCUGCGACCUGGGAAGAGGUGCUGACUCGAGCUGCUGGAGCGUUGCAAGGAGUUCAAGGAAAUGUUGUUGCUGCUAUUGUUGGAGGCCUGGCGGAUGCAGAGGCUCUCAUUUCCCUGAAAGACUUGCUGAACCGUUUGAAUAGUGAAAACCUGUGCACUGAGGAGGUGUUCCCAAUGGCUGGAGCUGGAUAUGAACUGCAUUCAAACUAUAUCCUGAACACUGGGAUUGCUGGCAUUGAAGAAGCUGACUUACUGCUUCUGGUUGGCACAAACCCACGCUAUGAGGCUCCACUGUUCAAUGCAAGAAUCAGGAAAAGCUGGCUUCACAACGAGUUGCAAGUUCCGAGUCCUCUUAGUAAUUCUAAAAAUGUUAAAAGUCAGGUCUUGGCUGAGAUGAAGCAUCCUGUUGUUGUGGUUGGAAGCAGUUGCCUGCAGAACGAGGAUGGAGCGGCAAUAAUGGCUGCUGUGUCAACCAUCGCUCAGAACGCUCGCAUCAGCAGUGCUGCAGAGGAAACAUGGAAGGUUCUCAAUGUGCUUCACAGGGUUGCCAGUCAAGUGGCUGCCCUUGACCUUGGUUACAAGCCAGGAGUGGAGGCUAUCAGAAAAAACCCUCCAAAAGUCCUGUUCUUACUAGGAGCUGAUGCUGGCUGCAUUACUCGCCAAGACCUCCCAAAGGAAAGCUUCAUAAUUUAUCAAGCUCACCAUGGCGAUGUUGGGGCACCAAUGGCUGAUAUCUUGCUUCCUGGAGCUGCAUAUACUGAGAAAUGUAGCACCUAUGUGAACACUGAGGGCCGUGCCCAGCAGACCAAAGGGACUGUGACUGCACCGGGGAUGGCGAGGGAGGACUGGAGGAUCAUUAGAGACAUUUCUGAGUCACUGCCAUAUGACACCCUUGAUGAAGUCCGUCAAAGACUGGCAGAGGUUUCCCCAAAUCUGGUGCGAUAUGAUGACGUUGAGUAGGCCAACUACUUCAAGCAGGCUAAUGAGCUGUCUAAGACAGUUGACCAGGCUGUCCUUACCGGACCUUUAGCCCCUCCACAGCUUACUGUGAAGGACUUCUAUAUGACAGAUCCGAUAAGCAGAGCCUCCCAGACGAUGGCAAAGUGUGUGAAAACUGUCACAGAGGGAGCACAAGCUGUGGAAGAGCCAGCCAUAUGCUAAAGCACAAUGGAUAGACAAUCCUUUAAAAACUAAAUAUAUACGCACAAAGCUGCAAUUGGCACAUUUCUAGAAACCUAUUUGUUUGCACUGUUUAUAAUAGCACAUGUAUUAUUAUCUUUACACAUAAUGGACCUAACAUACUUUACUAACCUGCAGAAUGUGCUCCUUGCAGAGUGAAUAUAUAAGCUUAGGGUUUACCUCAUUUCCAAAGAUGCACUUUAAAUGUUUUCAUCUGUUAGGAAGUUGACAUUUUUAUUGUAUAUGAUCGAGGUUUAACAUGAUUAUGCUUCAGAUGUAGGAAUAGUAUGUUGUUUUGUAAAAUUACCAACGUGUACCAUGUAGAGAUUAUAUUUUCCUUAAAUAAGA